AUGGCGUCUGCUGAUCUGAGACAGGAGCUAGACUGUUCCAUCUGCCUGAACAUUUAUACAGAUCCUGUGACCCUGAGAUGUGGCCACAACUUCUGCCGGGUCUGUAUUGAUUGUGUGCUGGAUACACAGGAGGGGGCUGGAGCUUAUACCUGUCCUGAAUGCAGAGAAGAGUGUCAGGAGCGUCCUGCACUGCAGAGGAACAUAACGCUGUGUAACAUAGUGGGGAGUUUCCAAACUACUCGGCCAGAUCAGCAGGAGACUGGGAUCUUCUGCACUUACUGUGUGGACUCUCCUGUACCUGCUGCUAAAUCCUGUCUGCAUUGUGAGGCUUCUCUGUGUGAUAAACACCUGAGAGUACACAGCAAGUCAGCAGAACACGUCUUAUGUGAUCCCACCACUUCCCCAGGGAACAGGAAAUGCUCUGUUCAUAAGAAAAUCCUGGAGUAUUACUGCACUGAGGAUGCAGCCUGUAUCUGUGUGUCCUGCAGUUUGGCUGGAGAACAUCGGGGACAUCUGGUGGAGAUUCUGGAUGAGGCUUCUGAGAAGAAGAAGGAGAAGCUGAGAGAUGUUCUGCAGAAACUGACCACAAAGAGAGCUGAGGCUCAGAAAAGAAUCCAGAGUCUGCAGGAGCGCAGGAGAGAUCAGGAAGGAGCAGCUGGUGUAACUGAGAGUGUCACUGCCCUGUUUACAGACAUCAGGAGACAGCUGGAAGACCUGGAGAAGAGAGUCCUGAGUGAGAUCUCCAGACAGGAACAGUGUUUUUCAUUCUCAAUCUCUUAUCUGAUCCAGCAGCUGGAAAUAAAGAAGGACGAGCUGUCCGGGAAGAUGCGUCACAUUGAGGAGCUGUGUAACAUGUCUGAUCCAGUGACUGUCUUACAGGAACCAGACACAGGGGACUUGUGUGAUACUGAGGACACAGAGACACAUGAUAACCAGGUCCGUGGUGCAGGAGAUCUGGAUGUGGGUCUCAUCUCAGGGACAUUACACACAUUAUCUGAUAUAAUAACAGGUAUAAAUAUAGGGAUCUAUGUGCAGGAAGCUACAGACCUAUUACUGGAUGUAACCACAGCUGGUAACGAUAUACAGAUAUCAGGUGACAGGAAAUCUGCAUCCAAGUCACCAAACCAGAAUUCUCCAGUAAUACCAGAGAGAUUUCAGGUUCCUCAGGUAAUAAGCACCAGGGGAUUCUCCUCAGGGCGUCAUUACUGGGAGGUGGAUGUCAGAUUUUCAGAGAUAUGGAAGGUGGGGAUGUGUUACCCCAGUAUAAGCAAGAGCGGAAAGGAUUCAGUCAUUGGAUAUAAUUACAAGUCCUGGUGUCUGUGUAGGGAUAAUAAUCAGUAUUCAGUGACACAUUAUAGUAGAGAGACCCGGUUCCCUGACAGUAUCCCAUGUGACAGAGUGAGGGUGUAUCUGGAUUAUGAGGCAGGACAGCUGUCCUUUUAUUCUCUAUGUGACCCCAUCAAACACUUACACACCUACACCGCCACCUUCACUGAGCCCCUCCAUGCUGCAUUACGUGUACGGGAUGGUUGUAUAACCGUAUCUGGGGGAGUCAGGAGCUGGGAAAAAUUACCAUAAGGAAUCUGCCUAGGAACUGGUGACAUCACAGUAAGAGGAAUCCAAUUGGUGUAACAUUCAACCAAUAGAAAGCCGCACUGGGUGGAGCUAUAGAUGAGUCCCUCAUCCAGUGUCUGCCUACUUGUUCCCUUCUGAGUGUGUUACCGUCAUUAUAAUUAUAUAAAUAUACAUUACUGAAAGGAUUUCUCUGACUGACAGCCGUGAUUGGCUGCAAUAUCUGUAUCAGAGCUACACUUGCUCCUAUUGGCUGUGAUGUAUAUUGGGUUGAUGUCUCCUCCUACUGGGAACUGUAGUCUAAAGCUAUGUUUCCUACUAAUACAAGAUGGGGUGGACUACAAUUCCCAGCAUGGUUUAUUGCUUUAACUUGACAUUUGUGAGAAUACACAAUAAUAAUAAUAUUGCUCUGUUAUUAGUGAAGUUGAUGUAUUAGAUGCUGCAGUACUCGCAGCUCAGGGCAGUGGGGAAAAUGGGGAAUAUAUAACACGGGGAUAUACAAUGCAGGCAGGAAAGGGUAUGUAGGGCCCUGCUCAUGAGAGCUUACAUUCUAAUGGGAAAAGGGUCAUUAUUAUAUAGAGCCCUGUUUAUAGAAUUACCAGGCACUGGCUCAGCAUAACUGUGCUUUAUAAUGCAAUAGUAACAUUAUAAUGUGCCCUCGCCGUGACGCCAGACUUUGGCCUGUGUGUUGUAACUAUAACACGUGUGCAUAUAUCAGUGAGGUACGUCCCUGUGUACACUGUUCUGGAUGGUGUCAGUAUAGACAGUAAAAUAAGAACUUUACAUGAAGUUGCAGAACUGAGUAUGUGCGUAGUCCAGUGGUCGCAGCGGGAAUUUAGAAGUGGGGUUAUGGAAAACUGUACAGAAUGGACGGGGGUCUGGGGUGCACUUAGGACCCCAGAAGCUUUAGAGAAUUUCAUAAUGUUAAAUUAAUUUAGAUACGUUUUAACACUAUAUAGUAUAAAAGAAACCAUAUUAUAUGAGGUCUCAAAUCACCCCUGCAUCUUUCACUCCCUCCUUCCCUUACUUACCCCCUGCACCUAUCCUUAACCCUACACUUUUCAUCCCCUCCUUCCAUUUCCCACCCCUGCACAUCUCAAUCCCUCCUUCCAUGUUUCACCCCUGCACCUCUCACCCCCUCCUUCCUUCUCUCACCCCUGCACCUCUCACUCCCUCCAUCCUUCAUUCACUCCCCCCUGCACAACUCACCACCUCCUUCACUCACUCACCCCUGCACAUCUCACUCCCUCCUUCCAUCUCUCACCCCUGCACCUCUAUCAUCCCUGCACCUCUCCUUCCCUCUCACCCCUGCACUUCUAUCAUCCCUGCACCUCUCCUUCCCUCUCCCACCCUUGCACCUCUAUCAUCCCUGCACCUCUCCUUCCCUCUCUCACUCUUGCACCUCUAUCAUCCCUGCACCUCUCCUUCCCUCUCACCCCUGCACUUCUAUCAUCCCUGCACCUCUCCUUCCCUCUCCCACCCUUGCACUUCUAUCAUCCCUGCACCUCUCUUUCCCUCUCUCACUCUUGCACCUCUAUCAUCCCUGCACCUCUCCUUCCCUCUCCCACCCUUGCACCUCUAUCAUCCCUGCACCUCUGCUUCCCUCUCUCAUCUUGAUGACGCUAUGAGUCACAGCCUCACUUGUCCAGGUAGAAACAAGACAGCAGAGAUAGUGGUUCCCCUCAUAUUCUAUCCUAUCCAGCUUAUACGGGAUCUGGGUGUCUCUCUCUCUCUCUCCUAGGUGUGCCUAUAGAUGUGUCUCCACAAGACGUUUUCUGUGUGCAGUAGGACAGAGACUGUGCCGGCUUGUAAAUCAUUUCUGCAAAUUCAGUGGGAGAAUAAAGUAAAGCAAACAGUGUGCCAUAACGCUGUAUAGCCCCCACUUCAAGCACUGGCGUAGGAUGAAAUCGCCAAUAGUGCGCAGUGAUGUAGGGAGACUGACGCCGCUGAGUGUGGCCCCAUAUUCUAUACUGGUUUAUGACUGAACAAGUGACGGCAGCAGUUAUAUACCUGUAGGCCUUGCUAGAGAAUGUAACAAAACAUUAAUACCAAAUAAAUAACUAAUGUUUUAUAUCACUAAUCAUUACAGGCUUAGGCAUGAAAUGUAGAAUCAGUUUGUUUUUAUUUGUGUUUUUUUAACGUGUACACCUGUGUAAUGAUGAAUGAUUACUCAUUACCCCCUUAUAAGUGUUAUUCAACUAAGUACCCUGUGACCUGAUGUAUACUGAGCCCUCCUGAUUACUGUCACAUGCUGUAUGGUGUCUCACCUGUACUAAUAAAUGUAAUCUCCUAA